AGUCUGCCAAGAAGGAUCUAAAUUUUUAAGUUUUAGUUUAGAAAAAGUCCUUUCUAAGCAUUAUAGAUGUUAAAUAAGGAAUAGUUUCUUCCAAAAAUAUCCUUAAAACUGAUAGAAAAGUGUCAAUUUUUAGAGAUUCCUUGCGGUUACUAGUUUUUAUUUUAAUAAAUUCGAAAUAGAAAACAAAGUUUCCAUACCUUUACUGUGGUUUAUCACAAUAAUGUCUUCCUAAAUGAUAGUUUUUAAAAGUUUCAAGACUAUCCCUAAAAUGGCUCCACACGGAGGGUACCUUGAAAACCAAGGCGGUGCUGCUGCUACACUCUACUAUAUUAUUAAGGCGUGCCGCUAAGUUGCCUUUUUUUGGUUUUUCGUUCUUAAUUAGUGCCUGCAUCUAGUAUCUCUGUUCAUUGUUUUUCUUUUUUUUUUGUAUCUGACCGAAUACAAUCAUAGGACAGAAAAAAAGGACAACAAUUAAAUUCUAAAAGCAGACAAAAAACCAACCAACCCUUAAUGGAAAAGUGUCUCUUAUUGUUAACAAAAGAAAAUCAAUUUAAUUGUGCAAACUUAAAAGAAAAACGCAAAAAAGAACAGCUCUCGAGAACGUGGUUAUAAGAAAAAAAAUUAAUUAAAAAUACAAAAAAAUAUUGCCAACAGCUAAAAAAGUAACGAGGAGGACGAAUAUUAAAAAAAAAAAAAAACAACAACAACAAACACAUCCCACAGAAUUGCAGUUAAAGCAAACAUGGGUUCAUGGUGCUAUGUGAUAGCUUGUUCCUUGGGGAUUGUAGUACUUUUGUACGCCCUUUUAGAGGUGCACUAUUUCCUACGUAUGUGCCUUUGUGUGGUACUUGCACGAUUUGUCAAAAAGAAGACUCACAUUUUGGAUACAACAACAGUUUCAGGAAUUUGUUUGACAACAGAUAUCGAUACUUUGCUCUAUCACAUGAAUAAUGCCAGAUAUUUACGGGAGUUGGACUUUGCACGAGUUGAUUUUUACGAACGAACACAACUUUAUCGAACGAUUGUACUUAAAGGAGGAGCUGUUGUCCAGGGCGCUGCAACAAUCCGCUAUCGUCGAUUUAUACGUCCUUUUGCUAGAUUUACCAUAACAUCCAGAAUAAUCUAUUGGGAUGACACAUCUGUGUUCAUGGAACAUAGGUUCCUUACACCAUCCGAUAACUUCAUUAAUGCGAUAGCAAUCUGCCGUCAGCGUAUACUCGACUGUUCGGCCGAAGAUGUAAUGCGAACACUUUUAACGCCAAAAUCAACAGAACUCCAAACAACUACCUCUGGCAAUACGGUCAGUCCGACUAUCAGUUUACAGAAUACUACAAUGGAGAAUAUUGAAAAUGGUCAUAUAAAUUCAAAGCUUAAGCCCGAAAUGCCACUGGAAAUAUCCAAAUGGAUUGAAUAUAAUGAGAUAUCGAGUAAAAAUCUUCGUAGGGGUUGCUGACCAAUAUUAUAUUAAAGUGGGCAAUGUAUUAUUUUUUAAGUUUUCUAGUAUAAUUUGUGUAUUCCUUAAGAAAAAAAACCUUGGAUAGUUGUGUAGUUAAAAGGCCCGCUUUAUGACAAGCUUUUUUUUUUUGACUGUCUAUAUUAUGCCUUAAAUUAUUUAACAAAACCAAAAAUGAAAAAAAAAAAAUAUUAUUAUAACCUAUUUAAUUUAUAUAAAUGUAAUGUGUAAACAAAGUCAAAGUGUAUGAGUGAUAAGAUACACGCAUAAUGAUUCUACAUGAUACCAAAAAAAAAAAAAAGAAAAAUAUAAAACCAACAGAGAAAAUCUACAUUUUGGAUCUGCUGAGAACAGAUCCAUAGAUUAAACAGAUUGGGUUAAUCUAUUCUAGUAAA